AUGGCCCCCAAGCUUCGCAUUGCUAUUGGAGGCGACGACGCUGGCUUCACAUACCAGUCCAUCAUCUCGCGCGACCUAGAGUCCGACCCGCGCGUCGCCCAAGUCAUUCCCGUCGGUCCAUCCUCCGAAUCCGACAAGACGCCAUACUCAACUUUCGCCCUCGCCGCCGCUGAAGCCGUGUCCAAGGGUACAGUCGACCGGGCCAUUUUAAUAUGCGGCACAGGUCUAGGCGUAGCCAUUGCCGCGAACAAAGUGGCUGGUGUGCGCGCCGUGACGGCCCACGACAGCUUCUCUGUCGAGAGGUCGGUGCUGAGCAACAAUGCCCAAGUGCUGUGUCUGGGCCAGAGAGUGAUUGGCGUCGAGCUUGCGAGAAGGCUGGUGGGGGAGUGGUUGGGGUAUACUUUUGAUUCGAGCUCGACAUCGGCGGAAAAGGUCAAGAUUAUUGAUGACUAUGAUUUGAAGGCGUCGAAAGAGCGGGCUGUAGUUGGUUGA